GAACCCCUCGUUUUCGUAGUUCGUUUCCUCCACCUCGACGCCCCUCGCCAUGGUACUUCCGGCACUCAUCCGUCGUUCUGUCAUCCUCCGUAUCCCCCUAUCUUCAGCCGCUCCCGUCGGCGAAAGCUUCCAUUUCUCAAUUUUUCAUGAGUUGAAAUCCACCUUAGCCUUGAGUAACACCACCGAAACCGUAUCCCAUCGGAAGAAUGAGAAGGGAAGCAAUAGAUGGUUCACGUUGCCUCCAUACACUGCGACUGUAAACGGCUCGCUUUUAGGCAAUCGCAUACUUAAGAGAGGAGAUCAAGCCGAAGCAGAAAUUUCCACCGCUGCAAUCACUGCCCUGAAAUGGGUGAUUCGUUGCUGCCCAGAGCUGCCGAGGAGCCUCGUGCAAAAGCUAUUUCGACUGAGAAAGGUUCGAAGAGGUUCUUCUAUGAUUGGAAAUUCUGAAUGUAAUUUGGAAGCUCGAGACCAACUUAAAAGAGUGGCAGCCAAAGACAUUCUGAACAUAGGUGAUCAAAUUUUUCUCCCUAUCUCGGUUCAAGUAUUUCCUACAGAGAAAGCUCGGGAUUAUUGCAAUAAAGAAGAAGAGAAAUUCAUUCAUAGUCUUGUAUUAUAUAAGGAUCCAGCAAUACUUGUUAUCAAUAAACCUCCUGGGCUGCCCGUACAGGGUGGUAUUGGUGUCAAAAGAAGUUUAGAUGAAUUGGCUGCAAGUUGUUUAAGUUAUGACUACUCAGAACCACCUCGGCUAGUACACAGGCUUGACAGGGAUAGCAGUGGCAUCUUGAUAAUGGGCAGGACUUCCACAAGUACUUCACUUCUUCAUUCUGUCUUCCGUGAGAAAACUUUUGAGGCAUCAAAACAUGCAAACCAUGUUGAUAGUGAGAAAAAGAUUUUGCAAAAGAGGUAUUGGGCACUUGUAAUUGGUUCUCCUAGACGUUCAAAGGGGUUGAUUACAGCCCCACUAGGAAAGUUUGUGAUGGAUGAUGGAAGAUCAGAGCAAAUUAUGGUCAUUGACAAUGCCGAAUCUAUGCCUUUUCAGCAAGCAAUUACUAGAUAUAAAGUGAUCAAAUCUCAUCAUGGAUACACUUGGUUGGAGUUGUGUCCCGUCACUGGAAGAAAACAUCAGCUUCGUGUACACUGUGCUGAGGUAUUAGGAACGCCUAUAGUUGGAGACUACAAAUAUGGAUGGCAAGCACAUAGAAAUUGGAAACCAUUUCAUUCUAAUUUCCACAAGAAUGAAGGAAAGAAACAAUCCUUCCCUUUUGGUCUUGACUUUGAAAGUGGAAGUAUUGCAGAAAAUAACCCUCGCCUACACCUUCAUUGUAAGCAACUGACUUUACCAGAUGUUUCUUUUGCACUACAUAAUGAUUCUAUAGAUCAGAAAUGCUCAAGAUUGGAAUGUUUGGAGUUGGAUGCUCCUUUGCCCUUAUACAUGCAAAGAAGUUGGGAUAUCAUAAAUGGUUAGACUGCCAUCAAAGUUUCUGGACCAACCACUCUCAAUCCUUUUGGUCUUCAUUUUCCAAAUGGAAGUAUGGUGGGAAACAACCCCUACCUAAAUUUUCACCUCUAGCAAUGGCUUUUACCCGAUCUCUACAAAAUCAUUCUCUAGAUUAUGACUUCUCAAGGACGGAAUCACUUGGGUUGGAUGCUCCUUCGCCCUCCUAAAUGCAAAGAGAUUUGUGAUAUUGUGAGUCAUCGGACACUUCUUAGUUUAAAGAAGUAUUAGGGUGAUACGCAGGGUUGGGUUGAGUCAUGUAUUUAGAUACUAAGUUGAGUUGGUAAUAAUUGUUUGUGUUUUGGUGCAAAGUUGAGUUUGGUUGAAUUAUGGGUAUAUGGUAUAAUUUUUUGUAACUUAAAAAUAUAUGCAUUUUUAAUGAUUUUUUUUGGGCUUAA